AUUAAUCAGUAGGGGUUGGCGUCGGAAAUGCUGAGGACACUUAGUGAAUCAAUGGAAGUGGUUCGAAUGUGGGAGUUGUCCCAGAUGCGGUUGCUGCUGAUGUCGCCCUGGGAGAAUGCCUUGAUGGGUGAUUAGCACCAUUCAGUGAUGGGCUGUGGGACAAGCAAAGUGCUUCCCGAGCCCCCCACGGACGUUCAGUUAGAUCUGGUUAAAAAGGUUGAGCCUUACACUGGUCAUAAAAAUGACGUGUACAAGCACUUCAUCAAGGAUGACGGUGGAGCUGCUAUCAAAGCCGGCUCCCCCUCGCCUCCUUGUCACACCAACCCCUAUUCCAGUGGCCACCCACCUAACUACAUGGAGCAGCCUGAGCCCCGCAAGAACAAGGUGGCUAAGUACCGUGCCAAAUUUGACCCCAGGGUGACCGCCAAGUAUGACAUCAAAGCCCUGAUUGGCCGAGGCAGCUUUAGUCGUGUUGUGCGGGUGGAACAUAAGGCUUCCAAGCAGCCCUAUGCAAUCAAGAUGAUAGAGACCAAGUACCGGGAGGGGAGGGAAGUGUGCGAAUCAGAGCUGUGUGUGUUGCGACGGGUCCGGCACACAAACAUCAUCCAGCUCAUUGAGGUGUUUGAGACCCAGGAGCGAGUCUACAUGGUGAUGGAGUUGGCCACCGGAGGGGAACUGUUUGAUAGAAUCAUUGCCAAAGGCUCCUUUACUGAGAGAGAUGCUACGCGAGUGCUGCAGAUGGUGUUGGAUGGGGUAAAGUACUUGCAUACACUGGGCAUCACGCACCGGGACUUAAAACCAGAGAAUUUGCUGUAUUACCAUCCUGGAACGGAUUCUAAAAUCAUGAUCACAGACUUUGGGCUAGCAAGUGCUCGGAAGAAGGGAGAUGACUGCCUAAUGAAAACCACCUGUGGGACACCAGAGUAUAUCGCCCCAGAAAUCCUGGUCAGGAAACCUUACACCAAUUCUGUGGACAUGUGGGCACUGGGUGUGAUCUCGUACAUCCUCCUGAGUGGAACUAUGCCCUUUGAGGAUGACAACCGAACCCGCUUGUACCGGCAGAUCCUGAAAGGAAAGUACAGUUACUCAGGGGAGCCCUGGCCCAGCGUGUCCAAUCUGGCCAAGGACUUCAUCGAUCGCCUGCUCACAGUGGAUCCCAGUGGCAGGAUGACAGCUCUUCAGGCCUUAAAGCACCCCUGGGUAGUCAGCAUGGCAGCCUCCUCCUCCAUGAAGAACCUGCACCGCUCCAUCUCUCAGAACCUCCUCAAGAGGGCGUCCUCUCGCUGCCAGAGCACCAAAUCGGCCCAGUCCACCCGCUCCAGCCGCUCCACCAAAUCCAAUAAGUCGCGGCGGGUGCGGGAACGGGAGCUGCGGGAGCUCAACCUGCGCUACCAGCAGCAAUGCAAUGGCUGAGAACUCACCAGGAAACUGCCAGCUGUCUUCCCAGGUGCGCUUCCUCUGGUGCAGGUGUGCAACGCUCCCACGCGGCGGGGAACACCCAGGCUCCUGCUGCAGGAGUGCUCCUCCCUGGGCACGAAGCUCGGGGAAAAUGGAACCUUUGCACCCCAGCCCCCCACAGUGGGCACUCCUCACUUGGGUGGGCUGUUCCGGAGCCUGAUACAGGAAGUGGAGCAGUGAAAGCCUUCCUUGCGCUCAUCCAGGCCCAGAGUGAAGGUCAAAGUUCAGGGCCUCAAGUACGCAGCAAAUUAGGGAGCCCCGUGAAGAGAAGAGCCCCGUCCCCAGCCCAGGAGUUGGCUGCCUAUAGUUAUUUAUUGAUUCCAGAAUGUUAAGUCCCUAUACAUGCUUGGACAGUAUUUAUAUUGGACUCCAUUGAUGCUGGUGGGAGUCACACGCACAGCUAGGGUUGGAAAUGCUGUGACUCGGCAGCAAGCCAGCUGCAUGAAGGAAAUGCCAGGCAGGAGUCUUCAGUGAGGAGCAUGAAGCAGAGAGGUUUCCCCCAAGGAUCCCCCCCGGUGACUGUGACAGCAUCACAGGUUACUCGUGCUGGUUAAGGAUUGGUUGAGAUACCGGCGCCCUGGAGCGCAGAUUGUCUGCAGGCACAGUUCCCCUUUGCCCUGACUGAAGGCUCCUAACUGUGGGGAGGGGAGAGGAUGCGAAACCUGCAGGAGCAAAACGCUUUGCAGGACACCUGAAAACGUCUUUUCUAAAGCGAACCCCGUGGCUAGCCCUGGCCCCCACCCCGCGCUAGCACUCCGGAAGAUCUCCUCUGUCUCGGGAAGCGUCAGGCUCGUGAGCCAGUGCAGAGCGGCUGGGGCAGGCACAAAGGGAGGGUGUGGAGGUGUCAGGAGAGGCCACUUUGGACAUAUUUUGAGGCAAAAAGCACGAGGCUAAACGGAAGCAGAGGUUGGUGCUGGCAGGGGCGCCUCUGAUCUGGCCGUCCUCAGAGGCAAGCUGGCGUUCCUUCUUGCCGCUGGGAUGGAGGUUUUUGGAUUCUUCAUACUAGUGUUGCACCAUGGACCUGACAGACAAAUGGUUCCAACUGUGCCACGUUACCAGGCCAAAACUGUGACUGCCCCAGCCAUUACCCACUGCUUCCCCUUCGGCCACACACGCUGAUUCUGCCAGCGCCUGGCCUGCUUGGCACCCCAGGCCUGCCUUUGGGAUAGCUUCAUGGCCAGUUACGGCGUGCACAAGGGAGUGGGAUGGGGGCAGUCAUGUCACCACAGAAACUCCUUGUUAACACGGACGGGAGCCUUCCUACCAGAUACUCAGUCUGGAGCAUCGGCCCUGGUAACACAUGCCAGGCCUAGGGAAGCGCUGCUCCAGGUGCUCUGUCAAGGGUCACUCGGCUCCUUGUUUUCCUCUGUGGACUUAAGGCAGAGUCAUCUCUGCCAUGACCUUGUGCAGGGUGUGUCAUUCCCUGUGGCUAGGAGGCGCUAAAACCCUGAUCUCCAGAGUCCCAGACCGCUGCCUUACCCACAAGCCCUUCUGAAGGCUUUCUCUUCCCUUGUGUAGGAUAAAUGAAGCUGCAGAUUGCCACAUGCUGAGUUCCGGUCUAAUCCAAUGUGUUCCCUCCCCAUCUCAGUUCCUGACUGAGACAGAGCCUGCGGGAACAUCUGUCUCACCUAGGAGAGUCUCCCCUCAGGGUUGGUAGCCAUUACUCUUCAGAAUGCUGCAGCCGUAGAGCCAUCUCCUUGGCGAUUGAGUUAUCAUGGGAUGCAUCACCCGGAAAGGUCCCAUGUGCCGUCACUUGUGGCAGAUGUAGGGCCUAAUGCGUUUUGGGAAACAAAAUGCUUUUAUAGAGGUCGUCUCAGCUCCGCACAAAGCCAGUUCUUGGUGACUCAGCUUGAGGCUCACCAGGUCUGUCUGGCUUUCGGGGGUGUGAGUGACAUGCGUGAUGGCGUGACCCAGGCCUUGCAUCUGUGAUGCAGGCUGUGAUCUUGAGGCCAACUGGCCUCUCACUGGUUUGAUUAGUGUCCACACUUCUCCUGGGCUUCUUGUAAGCAGAGCGCCAGUUCUCACCGAUGCAACCUUGUUUCUUCUGUGGGAAACCUCCGAGUAUACCUGGGCACACUCAACAAGAGCAGUGCAGAUCAUUGUGUUAUCCUUUCACCUCUUGGUUUCAGUUGGGCGGUUCACCCCCUCUUAGUUCUAACACGCUUAUGCCCAGACAGUAGCCAUUUGUAAGCAAAGAAGGGGAUGGUGGAGAUUUCCCGGAGGGAGAGGGAGUCCAAGCUCCUCUUGGAACCUCAGGCAAUCUCCUGUCCCCCUUUUUUUUUUUUUUUACUUUGCCCUCCCACUCCCCAGGAAUCCCACUAGCUGAGUGCAGGUUACAAAAGUUGCUUGGGCUGGGUUGUCUCUGGAAAUGUGCUGCAGUUGCAGAUCGUUUUGCUAAUGAGGCCAGUUAGUCUGCUGUGCUUUUGAGCAGCUGUGCACAUGCCCUUGAUCUGCUCUGCUGGAAUUGUGCCUUGCGUGCUCUCUGGACUCUCUGCCUUUGUAGAUUUCACUCAGGCAUCUGAACUCUCUCGAUCUGACUGAGACUCAGGAGUUUCUGCCUUCAGAAAUGCCUCAUUUGUGGAUUUCACAGGUUAAACACUGCCCUUAUCCCCCGCAAUCUGCCUAGGAGUCCCUGUGCGCAUUUUACCUGUCUCCCUCUUUUCCCUCUUAACUAGGGUUCUUGAGGUUUGGCCUAGUGUGAGGUUGGGGCACUUGCUCCGGUAUUGAAUAAUCUCAUAAAUAACGCAGUGAUUGUGUAUCUGUGCCCUGGGUGAGGCCUGCAUCUCACUUGUCUGGGAGCUAUCUGGGACAAACAGUACCCAGAGAGAAAUGUUUUCUGCUUAGUAAGUGAAAAUGGUCCCUCUCCCCGCAUUUGAGUGAAAUAUGAGUGAAGUUAGAGUGACACCUAGUGGCAAAUCGUAGUAUAUCAUCUUGCAGAGAGAGAGAGAGCUCUUCACAUUUUGUUUCCUUAUACAGUAACUCCUCACUUUGUAGUUAUGUUCCUGAAAAAUGCAACUUUAAAUGAAACAAUGUUAAACGAAUCCAAUUGUCCCAUAAGAUUUAAUGUAAAAGGAGGGGGUUAGGUUCCAAGGAAAUUUUUGGGGGGCAGACAAAAGGCAUUAUACUGUAUACUGUACAGUACUAUACUGUGGUUGGGAAGUGCCCCUGGCUUACCCCACACAGGCACAGCCCGCUGCAGGCAAGGACUCUAGGAAGAACCUUCACAGCAGCAGCAGCUUCCCCGGAGAACAGGCUCGGACUUUGUCGGGAAUGUUCCAGGCCCCCCUCUUCCUGUCCCCACUCCACCUCCUCUCCGGAGCACGCCACAUUCCCCCCCCCCCCCCCAAAGUCCUAAGGGGGAGGAGUGGAGACGCAGCACUUCCCCGCUCCUGCCCCUCCCUCCCGGCACUUCGCGCUUAGGACUUUCUGGGAGGGAGGGGGAGGAGGCGGAGAAGAGGAACUUGUGCAAUGCUCCUUUGUAAAGUCACUGCUCUUCCACAGAAUCUUACAAGCAGGCAGCCAAACGCCGUUAGAAGGGAGCAUUGCACAACUUUAAACAAGCAUGUUCCCUAAUUGAGCAGGGCCGUAACAUUGAAACAACGUAAAAUGAGGAGUUACUGUAGUUACGAGUGAGACAUCUCCGUGUUUGGUAUGCAGGGGACUUGGUGAGGUUGGUGGUGGGUGUCCUCAUCAGAUCAGACAGAGCUGCCAGAGCCAUUGAAUAAUUCCUGUCUUUAGCAUGAGCACAUCUCCUUUUUUAUUCCUUUGGCAAAACUUCCCAGGUUAAAUUGCCCAGUGCCCUGUCCCCUGACCAGACGUCGUCCAGAGCAGAGCAGCACACUGGCCUGGCGAGGCAGGGGAACAAUUCUUGGCCACGUGCUUGAACCAUUGGCACGGAAGUUGUGAUACACCAGUGUCUGAAUUUUAGUUAGGAGUAUUUCUGUCUACCAGUGGGCUCUCCUCGGAUGUCUGAGCAGAAUCGUUACAAUUACGCAAUUCGACAUCUCUGAUAGCCGCCGCAGCCUUUCCCUUGAUCCACGCAUGGGCCAGUGUUUGCUGUCAUAGGGUGGUAGGCUUGUGGAGUCGCACAAGUAGUGAAGGUAGCUAGCUGGUUAUCUGAGGGACUAAUGCAGGGGGAGAAGGGCAGAGAGCCGUUUGACUCCCUCUUUCCACCUGUACCAGGAGAACGUUGGCUUGGGAAUGUUGCGUUUGCAUUUUGUACCUGAAAAGGUACUUCUGCCCAACCAUGCCCUCUUCCCUGUGGGGAGAAGCCGCUGGGUUAUUCGUACAGAUGGACAAUCAGAUGAAUUUGUCCCUUCCAUUCCCAAAUCAUUGAUUUUUACAAAUGUGCUCUCUGUAACUGCUCAGCAAACUGCUCAUGGGAACGAAUUGUAGCCAACAGGUUGUUUGAAAACUUCACUUCGGCAGCUUUGCUAUUCGUUAUCCUUGGGGUGUGGUUGGUCACCUAAGUCACAUGGCAUUGUUUGCUCCUCCUGUAAGCAGGAGCGUAGUGCCUAGGGAAUGACAAGUUGCCUUCUCCUCAUGUGGUUAUGGGUAUAGGUCUGAAGAGCAGCCACUUGCCACAUACGGGUGCAAAUGUUCACAUGCACAAAGGCAGGAAGCUGGCUGAAUAGGACAUCUGUUCAGUCUUCCAUUGCCUACCAGUGAACACCAGCAUUCAACUGGUUCUGCCCCGUGGCAGAAAUCUCACGGGAUGUGAGGAGAAAGCAGAGAGUAAACGGGCUGAGACUGGAAGCAAUCACUUGGUGACCUAGUACAUUGUCCUCCUGGGACUAGCUCUCAAAUUGCUGCUUUCCCCGCUAUUCCCUGGGGGAAAUGUUCCUUUAAGGAGUGAAUGGAAAUCCAUGUGUCUGUCCAUUGGAACUUAGCAAUACUGUGUGAAAUGGUCUCUUCGCUCUGACUAGGAGUUUCAGCGUGUUUGCUCUUUCGGGGGAGGUGGCUCUGGCUUCGUAGAAUGCUGUCCAUUGGAUCCUGCAUCUUUUGGAUCAUGAGUGGAAAUAACAAAGGGCUUCCAAGGAGAACAGUAGGUGGGUUGCAAACAGAGGAUGCAACUUAGGAUCCCACUUAUGAAUGUAUUGGAGUUGGACUUUCCAAAAGCCUUAGACAAGGUCCCUCACCAAAGGUUGUUACGCAAACUGCACAGUCAUGGCAUAAAAGGGAAGAUCCUCUCAAGGUUAAAAAAUGUGAAACAAAGUGUUGGACUAAAUAGUCAGUUUUCACACCACAAUAUAACCCUCUUGUCCCUUAUGCAAACCAACCACCCAACCCAUCCCUCAUGGUGUGGGUAAUGCAGCCCUGCCAUUACACUGGCUGAGGCCAUAUCACUUCUUACGUGACAUCCUCCUGCAAACUCUGACGUUUGAUAGCUCACGUUCAUCUGAUUUGCUGUAAUAUUAAAAAUCCUUAAUAGUGUGUGACUAGAGGAGACAGGAGCCAACAGCGGCUUCCUAGAGAAGCAAACGCUUGGAAAGCAUUGCAGAAAGCUGCUCCUGACUGCACACUGAAAGGGCUGUUGUGUAUGCCCAGUGGGCAUGUGCGUGCGUCACACGUGCCCUUGCAGUUUCCAAAUCUCCUGUAUCUCUUAAAAAGCUAGCACUAAGUGCCUGCGCUAUUUGGUGCCUCGUACCAGACUUUGUGUGGACUGUGUUGAUGCUCUCCCUCUCACGAGGCUUCUGGUGCUUCGUCCAAACUUCAUCUCCACCCCCAGAAAGCCUAGCUAACUAUGCAGCCCUUAAACGCUACAGGGGCAUGUCCCUGUGUGUCAGAUGCGUGCAUUACUGAGCAGGGGCAUUGCCAAAGACGUGCAAUAGGAAGGGUGUUCUCUGAUGGUGCUGCGUGCCCAGAGCACAGCUUUGUCCCUUGUCGCUCUGACCACUCCCUUGGUGAACAGAGCCUGGGAGGAGAGGCCACCUGCCUGCCUGACGAUGUUCCCUUCUCCAUCUGCAUUUCCCUCUGUCCUCCUAUGCACAACAUACUGUAGAUUCUCUCCUCGGUACCAGACGAGCUGCUGGCUGUGUUCUGAGAACUUUGCACUGUGGUUGCCUUUUGACCUUGGAAGAAAUCUGGGCCCAAGUGUAGGUACCCGGUAGGCAGAGCACCUGCCAUGAGCACACACGAAGAUGCUGUGAUCCUUCCUGUUACCUUUCAUGACACGCAGAUGCCUCUUGGAAGCCCUCAGGACUGAAGGUCUUGAUGCGCUGGCUCCAAUUUUGUUGCCAGGGUUUCCCUUGCCGUGUAGGAGCUGCUGAAGGUACUCGCAUCAUGUCCCACUUUGUCUCCUCUCAAAAGGAUGCGCUGUUUGUCUUGAGAAGUAGCCGGUUCUGUGAUUUGCCUUUGACUCCGUUUGUACACUAAGGAAUCUCUUGUAGAGUGAGAUCUGAUCCAUGGUAAUUAACCUGUAAUGUUAAAAUGAGUGUAUAGAAUUAUUUAUUUUGUGUAUUCAGUCUGUUAAAUGUGUAAAUGUAUCCGAUGUAUCCAAUAAACCUUUUGUCCUGA